AUGCAUAAGUGUAAAGAAGGGGCGAAGGCAAAGGAGCGCGAGUUGGUACAAGACUCGAUAUACUCGAAAUUAGAUCAUCCUGAUUUAUGUACUGCGUCUACGGAAGUGUUUUUGCGAAUUGCGAAGCUUUUGAACGCAGAGCGCGCGUUCAUAAGUUUGGAACUGGAUGGAGGUAUCGAAAGUGUCGAAAAUGUGCUCAGAAAUCUGCAGCCGACAUUUCUAAUCACAUGUAGAUCUCUUCUUGUACAUGCUUGUCGAUUAUCUGUUCUGAAGUUGCUCCUUCCCCUUGUGAAUCAUGGAUGCGGACUCCAAAUUGAAAACAUCGGUGAUAACGAUGAUGAUGCCAUUGAUUCUGCGAUAUUUGAUUCCGAACUAGUGAAAACAGCUCCAUUUCUCGACAUUACUGCAACAUGUCAUAUUAGUGAUGGACAGCUUCUUUAUCUCAGAGCUCGCUGCAUCAAUAUGUAUACACCCCAAAUUUCGGAAGAAGGUCUGAUCGGAUUGAUCACGGUAAUUCUUAUCUGGUUGUGUAUGCUUGCUACUGACGACACCGAUAUCUCUUUGAGCAACUCCUGCCUUUGGAACAGUAGUACAUUGGAUUUUUGGGAAUUCAGUGCUUCGCCAAAGUGGGUCCUCAAUUUUAUUGCCUGA